AUGUUUCGAGCACAAGCCGCCGGACCGUUUGAUGAUGUCGUCGCCAAGGCGACCGACGAGAACCUCACCUCCGAGGACUGGGGCGCCAUCAUCGAGGUGUGCGACAAAGUCGCCAGUGAUUCCAACGGGUCCAAGGAGGCCGUCCAGAGCAUGAUUAAACGCCUUGCACACCGUAACGCGAACGUACAGCUAUACACCCUGGAGCUUGCCCACGCCCUAUGCCAGAACUGUGGUAAACCCAUGCACCGCGAAGUUUCUAGUCGAGCAUUUACCGACGCGCUUCUCAAGCUGGCGAAUGACCGAAACACCCAUUCCCAGGUCAAGGCCAAGAUCCUCGAGAAGAUGAAGGAGUGGGCCGACAUGUUCAGCAGGGACCCCGAGCUAGGCAUCAUGAACGAUGCCUACCAUCGCCUCAAGCAGACCAACCCGACAUUACAAGCCCCCAGCGCCCCGCAGAAGCAGGGCCUCACCGACGCCGACAGGCAAAAGGAGGAGGAUGAGCUCCAGAUGGCUUUGAAGCUCAGCUUGCAGGACGAGGAGCGAAAGAAGGCAACAGCGCAGGCCGGGCCCAGUACGCAGAGCAGCGGUACCAACCAGCAAGAAUCCGCGCCCGUUCCGGCUGUUUCUGCUGGCACCACGGCUGCAACCGUAAGCAGAGUGCGAGCCUUGUACGACUUCGUGCCGUCCGAGGCUGGCGAGCUCGAGUUCAAGAAGGGAGAUGUGAUUGCAGUUCUGGAAAGUGUGUACAAGGAUUGGUGGCGGGGCUCUCUCAAGGGAAACACGGGAAUCUUCCCACUGAAUUAUGUGGAAAAAUUGACGGACCCUACUCCCGAUGAACUGCAGAGAGAAGCGCAGAUGGAAGCUGAGGUGUUUGCUGAGAUCAAGAACGUGGAAAAGCUGCUUACCUUGUUGAGCGCGUCGAAUACGGCUCCCCGAGAGGAGGACAAUGAAGAGAUCUCGAAACUAUACCACCAGACUCUGGCUAUCCGACCAAAGCUCAUUAAGCUCAUCGAAAAGUACUCACAGAAGAAGGAUGAUUUUACCCAGCUCAACGAAAAGUUCAUCAAGGCUCGAAGAGACUAUGAAGCUCUGUUGGAGUCGUCCAUGUCUCAUCCUCCUCAACACAGCUACCAGCAGUACGCCAUGCGUCCGGCCGCUCCAGGCCAAGGCUAUCCUGGUGGCGGAUACCCUCAGGGACAGCCGCCUCAGGAUCCUUACUACAACCAAGCACCCCCAUCCGACCACCCUCACUAUCAAGCCAGCUCUCCAGCCCCCAACAACUUCCAGUCGCAAGGCAAUCCGGCUCCCUUCUACGUCGCCGGAGCAGAAGUGCCAUCCCAGGCUCCCGGCGCCCAACCUCAGCAACAGCAGCCUCAGCAAUACCCGCCAAGAGAUGACACGCCCAGCCUUGGACCACCCUCCGGGAAGCAGCCGGCACCCGUCAACCCAUCCUCACCUCCUCCGCAGUCCUUCACGCCCUACUCCCCGCAGCCUCCUCAGCAAAACGCCGCUCCUUACUCCCAAAUGCCCAGCCAGCAACGACCACAAAGCACGUACGGCGCACAGGAACUCGCCACCUCGGUCUACGACUCCCCCAUUGCACCGCACAACCCCAAUCCCGCACCCUUCGGGCAACAGCCGUACCAUUCCUACAACCAGCCCGAGCAGGCUCCUCCACCAGCGCCGACGGGCCAAGCGCCGCCUCCGCCGAACUCCAUGUCCCCCGCGCCGCUGCAGCCCGGUGGCGCUGCGGCGUACGAUGCUCGUCACGGACUGCCUAGCCAGGCAGCACCGGAGACUCACCCCUCACAGCCGCAGUAUAAGCCGUACGUGCCGCCUGGCGAUGGAACGUCACCGAAUGACUAUUAUAGGCAGGGGAAUCCGUACUAG